AUGGCAAAUUGGCUCUCCUUUCCCGCCGGCUUCCCGGAGUCGCUCUCCACCCUCCUCCUCCCCGCCUUUCUCCUCGUCGUCUCCAUUCCCUUCCUCCUCCGCCGCUCCCGCCGCCAAAACCUGCCCCCGGGCCCACCGACGCUCCCCCUAAUCGGCAACCUCCACCAGCUCGCGGGCCCAACACUCCCCCACCGGUCCAUCACCAACCUGGCCCAAAAAUACGGGCCCAUCAUGCGCCUCCAGCUGGGCCAGUGCCUCGCCGUCGUCAUCUCCUCCCCUGACGCCGCCAAGGAAGUCCUCCGCACAAAAGAGCUCAGCUUCCCACAACGGCCGGAGGUCCUCGCCGUCGAGAUCAUGUCGUACGACCACUCCAGCCUCGUCUUCGCCCCUUACGGCGACUACUGGCGCCAGCUCCGCAAGAUCUGCGUCUCCGAGCUACUCUCCGCCAAGCGCGUGGCCUCCUUCCGCCCCAUCCGCGAGCAGGAAGUCUGGGACCUCGUCGUUUCGAUAUCAAACGACGCCGUUUCCAACACAAUCGAAAACGGCGCCGUGGCGAUAAACCUGAGCGAGAGGAUAUUCCUGGCGACCAACAACGUGACGUCGCGGUCGGCGUUCGGGAUGAGGUGUCGGGACGGCGGCGAGUUCCUGUCGCUGCUCCACCAGGUGAUCCAGGUCGGCGGCGGGUUUAAUUUGCCUGAUUUGUUUCCUUCGUUUCGGUUCCUCCGCCACGUCACCGGGAUCCAGGCCGCGCUGGAGCGGAUCCACGUAGGGAUCGACCGGAUCCUGGAGGAUAUAGUGAAACAGCAUCUUGGGCCGGGUCGGGUCGUCGAUGGGGAAGAUCUGUUGGAUGUUUUGAUCAAGCUGCAGGGUUCUGAUGAGACCGAGUUGAAGCUUACCACCAAUCACCUCAAAGCCGUCACCAUGGAUAUAUUUUCAGCAGGCAGCGAGACAUCGGCGACGACGAUGGAGUGGGCGAUGGCCGAACUGAUGAAGAACCCAAGAGUGAUGGAGAAGGCGCAGGCAGAGCUACGACGAGCAUUCAAUAGGAAGACGAGAAUCGAAGAGAGUGACCUCCACAACCACGACCUGAGUUACCUGAGGUCGGUCGUCAAAGAAACGUUGAGGAUGCACCCUCCCGGUCCUUUGCUUCCUCGAGAGUCUGUCGAGGCUUGUGAGGUUGGAGGAUAUCACAUACCAGCGAAGGCUAAGAUCCUUAUCAAUGCAUAUGCGAUAGGGAGAGAUCCGGAAACAUGGGUCGACCCGGAUUGCUUCAGGCCGGAGCGGUUCGAGGGUUCGGUCGUGGAUUUUAGGGGUACGAAUUUUGAAUUGAUCCCGUUUGGAGGAGGGAGGAGGAUCUGUCCUGGAAUAUCGUUUGCUACGGCGAACAUAGAUCUGGCGCUGGCUCAAAUGUUGUAUCACUUUGACUGGAAGUUUCCGGAAGGAAUGACGCAUGAGGAGAUGGACAUGAGCGAGAUAUUUGGUAUUACGGCUAGGAAGAAGCACAAUCUGCACCUCGUUCCUGUUCUACGUAUCCCGUUCUCGAAUUGUUGAGAGACAUAUCAUUGAGAUUGAAGAGAUUUAGAAUAAUGUGUGUAUCUUAAAUCUCAUUCCACCACAA